AUGCUUUUGUUAUCUUCAUGCAUUAUGCGAUGCAUAAUAGUUUUAUUGGACUUAGUCUAUUUAUCCUAUUCGCUAUCGAUUAUUUAUUAUGAUGAAGAACUUGCUCGUAUGACAUUUGAUCAUGCUGCCGCUGUUUAUUCGGAAAAUCCAAAAAAAUGUCUACGAAAAUAUAAUCAAACUAAACUGUUACGUUUUGGUAAAGUACCAUGCGAUUAUAUGUACAAUAAAUGUUACUAUUUGAUAUCGGAGGUGAAUGAACGUAUAUUUAUUUCUUUUCGUGGCACGACAUCAAGAAUGCAAUUAAUUAAUGAAAUACUGGAGACAAUGUCAAUACCAAAGGCCAAAUUUGAUGCCGGUGGGUCCGUACAACAUUAUUUUUUAACUGCUUUCAAUAGUAUAUGGGGAAAAAUAUCGAAAUUCACCUUAAAAUUAUUUAAAGUUUACCCAUCCAGAAUAUUUAUUUUCACGGGUCAUUCUCUUGGUGGUGCAAUUGCAUCUUUGGCAAGUACGCAAUUUGCAUAUCAGUUAUAUAAUUAUAAUGUCCAAGUCUUAUUGAUUACUUAUGGACAACCACGAACCGGAAAUUAUAAAUUUGCCACGGCUCAUGAUCGACUUGUUCCUAACAGCUUUAGACUUGUUCAUCGAAAUGACUUGGUUCCUCAUUUGCCUUACUGUAUAGAAAGAUUAACUAACCGUUCAUGCACGCCAUUUUAUAACUAUGGUCCUUACCAUCAUGGAAUUGAGGUCUGGUAUCCGGGCCAUAUGGAUAAUCAGUCAUUUUAUAAAAUCUGUGAUAAAUGGCCACUGAAUGAAGAUGACACAUGCAGUGCAUAUUUACAUUAUCGAAUCGAAGAUCAUCUAUAUUAUUUCGAGAAAUAUGUUAGUGCUUAUGGCGAACAUGGAUGCACUUCAAAUGAAUAA